CCUGAAUAUUCAAAGUCUACGGUCAAAACAACCCCACGCUCCAAAUCUAGACGGUGGAGAAUACUCCACACACACACACACACACAUUCAAGAACCAUCAUCACUCAUUUACGCACUCAUCAUACACAAACACACAUGCUCUCAUGGCAUUCCUCAUCUUCCUCUUCUUAACUGUGUAUACUGUUUCAUCUAAUUGAAGAAACUAUCUACACAAUAUUUUCCAUUUUCUUUGCAAUCUUUACCGUCUUAAAGAUCGCAUCUCUCGAUUUGGUGAUCAAAGAACGUACGUUUUCAACGACGUAAAAUAGGUUUAAAAGAGUGAUCAAGAGAUACAAAAUGUCGUCCUCGAAUUCACCCUGCGCCGCGUGUAAGUUCCUACGUCGAAAAUGCACACAAGAAUGCGUGUUUGCACCCUACUUCCCACCGGACCAGCCUCAAAAAUUCGCGAAUGUACACAAAGUGUUUGGAGCCAGCAAUGUUGCCAAAAUCCUCAAUGAGUUAAGUGCGGCCCAGAGAGAAGACGCGGUUAAUUCCCUAGCGUACGAGGCGGAGGCGCGUCUGAGGGACCCAGUUUAUGGUUGUGUGGGAUUUAUCUCAAUUCUCCAGCAGAGGCUAAAGCAAAUUCAAAAUGAUAUACACACUGCAAAACAAGAACUGGCUGGUUAUGUGGGACCGUCUGCUAUGAUGCCGGUUUUAAACCAGGGGUAUAUGCAACAGUUUCCGAAUCUGCAGCCGUCGUUGGGCCCGGUUAUGCAGUCCAACAUGCAGCCCAUGUUAAGCCUUCAUGGGCCAGGAGGUACCCAAGAAGCUAGAAGCAAUCAACCAUUGUAUGAGGCUCAACAGCAACAACUGGUUGAAGCUGCAAGAGAACAAGAGAUGUUGAGGACUUUAGAGCAUCAACAACAGAUGCAACAGCAGCCGUCGAUGGAUUUGAUGAGGUUUAACAGGGGUUAUGAUGGUGCUGGGCCUUCGGGUCAGGUGACCCAUAGUGGGUUCACUCAGUUGAAUGGUCAAGCUGCAGCUAUGUCUCCGGGUCUGGCUUUGGGUGGCUCGUAUGAAAGUAAUGUGUAUCAGAUCCAGCAGCCGCAGCAAGAACAACAUCAACAGCGGCUCAAUCUCAUGCCUCAACAACUCUUGGUCCAGCAGCAAACUCAGCCACAGCCGAAUCAUGGAGACGGUAGUGAGGAGGGUCCAUAAUGGUGAUGAUGACGAGGGGUGUGGCUAAACGUAUCCCAUGUUACUGAACAUAGCCCCAUGUGCGAGAGAGAAAAUAUAUUAUAAUGGCGAGUCCAUUUUCAAGUUUGUGAGAGAAGGGUAUGUUUAGCAAAACCCGACCCGAUCACAAAAUCAUAAUUCCUUAUGCAUUUCUUUUUUGGUAUUUUCAUAAAUGCAAUUUCACAUAUAUUUGUUUGAAUCUUAUUUUUUCUGUA